GGCAGGCUGGGCUGCCUUCCUUCCCUCAACUCCAGGCCUUCCAUGUGUUGGCAGUGCACAAGGACCACUAUGAAAAUCUGUACUGUGUGGUCUCUGGCGAGAAACACUUCUUGUUACAUCCACCCAGUGACCGGCCUUUCAUUCCCUAUGAUUUGUACACACCAGCAACCUAUCAGCUGACUGAAGAGGGCGCUUUUAGGGUGGUGGAUGAGGAGGCCAUGGAGAAGGUGCCCUGGAUCCCCCUGGACCCCCUGGCUCCAGACCUGCUCCGGUAUCCCAGUUACAGCCAGGCACAGGCCCUUCACUGCACGGUGCGGGCCGGUGAGCUGUUGUACCUGCCAGCCCUGUGGUUCCACCACGUCCAGCAGUCCCACGGCUGCAUUGCUGGCAAAGGUGCCGGGGACAUGCCUGCUCACUGUACGUGUCCUCCAGGCUAAUGGCUUGCCUUCCAAGGACCUAGUGACAUCCUCCGACUGCUAUGUGACUCUGGACCUGCCCACAGCCUCCAGCCACACGCUCCAGACACGCACAGUCAAGAACAGCAGAAACCCUGUCUGGAAUCAGAGCUUCCACUUCCGGAUCCACAGGCUGCUCAAGAAUGUUGUGGAACUGAAAGUCUUUGACCAGGACCUCAUCACUAAAGAUGACCCCGUGUUGUCAGUGCUGUUUGACGUAGGGACUCUGCGAGCUGGGGAAUCUCGGCGCCAGAGUUUCUCACUGAGCACUCAGGAGGACGGGCACCUGGAAGUUGAAUUUCGGCUGCAGAGUCUGACAGACCGUGAGGAACAGCUCAUCAGCAAUGGCAUCCUCGUGGCUCGGGAGCUGUUCUGUUUGCAUGUUCAACUGAAGAAGACAGGCGAGCCCGUGGGGUCAGAGAGCAGAAUUCAACUUGUGGUUGCUGGGUCCUGCGAGGGCCCACAGGAUGCCUCUGUGGGUGCCAGUUCUUUCUGCUUCCACUACCCAGCCUGCUGGGAGCAAAAUCUGAGUGUUCACCUGCAGGAUGACCCCCAGGAGCAGCUGAAGGUACCAUUACGCACUCUACCCUCUUCAGAGUUGGUGAGACUCGUCUUCCCGACGUCCCAGGAACCACUGAUGAGGCUGGAACUGAAGAAGGAAGAAGGACCAAAGGAGCUGGCAGUGCGGCUGGGCUGUGGGCUCUGCCCUGAGGAGCAGGCCUUCUUGAGCAGGAGGAAGCAGGUGGUGGCCGCUGCCCUGAAAAAGGUCUUACAGCUGGACCAAGACCUGCAAGAUGACGAGAUCCCUGUGAUUGCUGUUAUGGCCACUGGCGGUGGGAUCCGGGCCAUGACUUCUUUAUAUGGGCAGCUAGCUGGCCUGAGGGAGCUUGGUCUCCUGGACUGCAUCUCCUACAUCACUGGGGCUUCAGGGUCCACCUGGGCAUUGGCCAACCUUUAUGAGGACCCAGAGUGGUCUCAGAAGGACCUGACAGGGCCCACCGAGUUGCUGAAGACCCAGGUGACAAAGAGCAAGCUGGGCGCCUUGGCCCCCAGCCAGCUGUGGAGGUACCGGCAGGAGCUGGCUGAGCGUGCCCGCCUGGGCCACCCGACCUGCUUUACCAACUUGUGGGCCCUCAUCAAUGAGGCUUUGCUUCAUGAUGAGCCCCAUGAACAUAAACUGUCAGAUCAACGGGAGGCCCUGAGUCGAGGCCAGAACCCUCUGCCUAUCUACUGUGCCCUCAACAGCAAGGAGCGGGGCCUGACCACCUUUGAAUUUGGGGAAUGGUGUGAGUUCUCUCCCUAUGAAGUCGGCUUUCCCAAGUACGGGGCCUUCAUCCCCUCUGAGCUCUUUGGCUCCGAGUUCUUCAUGGGGCGGCUGGUGAAGCAGCUCCCUGAGUCCCGAAUCUGCUUCCUAGAAGGUAUCUGGAGCAACCUGUUUGCAGCCAGCCUCCAAGACAGCUUGUACUGGGCCUCGGAGCCCACCCAGUUCUGGGACCGCUGGGCUCAGGAUCAGGCCAGCCUGGACAAAGAGCAGGUCCCCCAUCUGAAGAUUGCAGAGCCACCAGCAACAGGUGGCAGGAUUGCCGAGUUCUUCACUGGCCUCCUGACAAAGCGGCCACUUGCCCAGGCCACCCACAACUUCAUGCGUGGCCUCCAUUUCCACAAGGACUAUUUCCACCACCCACACUUCUCCACCUGGAAAGCUACCAAACUGGACGGGCUCCCCAACCAGCUGACACCCAUGGAACCCCACCUCUGCCUCCUGGAUGUUGGCUACUUCAUCAAUACUAGCUGCCCACCCCUUCUGCAGCCAACACGGGAUGUGGACCUCAUCUUAUCACUGGAUUACAACCUCCAUGGAGCCUUUCAGCAGUUGCAGCUUGUGAGCCGGUUCUGCCAGGAGCAGGGCAUCCCUUUCCCACACAUCUCACCCAGCCCUGAGGAGCAGCGCCAACCUCAGGAGUGCCAUGUGUUCUGUGACCCCACCCAGCCCGAAGCCCCAACCGUGCUGCACUUCCCUCUGGUCAAUGACUCCUUCCAGGACUACUCGGCCCCUGGGGUGCCACGGACACUGGAGGAGAAAGCAGCCGGGAAAGUGAACCUGUCUUCUUCUGACUCCCCGUACCACUACACAAAAGUGACCUACAGCCAGGAGGAUGUGGACAAGCUAUUACGCCUGACACAUUACAACAUCUGCAACAACCAGGAACGGCUGCGGGAGGCCCUACACCAGGCCGUGCAGCGGCGCAAACGGCGCACCCAGCAGCACAGGUCUGAGUGACAGCUGGGGUUCCCUGGCAGGGUUUCCAUCUGGGAACCUGUGACCCUCCGCUCCUUCCCCUCUGCUCUGACUUGAAGACCAGCAUCACCAAGUGCCCCAGAGCCUCUGAUGUCCAGGCACAGCUCCAGAGACACGUGUCUGGAAUCUCCAGCGGUGGCACUGAGCCUGCCAGCAGCCCUGUCACAGAGUCGAGGCUGUGAGCUGCAAGGAGAGACGCUAGGGCCUAGCAUGCGGAAUGGCUUAACUCACCCCUGGGAUGGAGGGAUGGGACGGUGCUGGUUGCAUGACAGGACACUGUGACAUGUUUCAGGGUUCUUAUAAAUGGGAGAUGCUCAGGUGGCCUUGUCCCAAGAUUA